UAUGUCAGCAAAACAACACCGAGGGGGAGUGAACUUAUGGACAGCAGUCAUAUUUUGAAGAAACAUUAUAAUAAUUCCAUCUAAUUGUGUGCAGUUUCACUCCGGCCGAAAGCUGUCUGGUUUCCUACCAGCUGUUCGGUAGAUGUCCACCCCCUCAGACACAUCAGGUGGAAUGUCCCAUCCUGGCCCUUCCCCUGGGGCAGGUCUGUCCCCGGGGCCCAUCUUGGGUCCCAGCCCAGGACCAGAUCCCUCACCAAGCUCUGUUCACAGUAUGAUGGGACCCAGUCCUGGACCCGGGACGCCCAACGCACCUCAUGGCAUGCAGGGACAGGGACAAAGUGAUUACUCUCAGGACAGCAUGUAUCCUAUGCACAAGCCCAUGGAGGGCAUGAAUGACAAGUCAAUGGCUGAGGCGAUGCACUUUGGUCACAUGAAAGGUGUGGGGAUGAGAUCUCUUCACAGUGGCAUGGGGCCUCCACAGAGUCCUAUGGACCAGCACAGCCAAGGAUACAUGUCGCCCCACCCGUCCCCCAUGGGAGUCCAUGAGCAUGCAUCUAGUCCCAUGUCAGGAGGUGGAGGUGGACCUACACCUCCCCACAUGCCUCCCACCCAGUCAGGCCCCAUGAUGCCCAUGGAUCCCCAAGGAGGUAUGACCAGCAUGUCCAGCAUGGCCCAGCAGGGGCGAGGACCAUCUGCUUUCAGUCAGGUCCAGCUGCAGCAGCUCAGAGCUCAGAUUCUGGCCUACAAGAUCCUGGGUCGUGGGCAGCCGCUGCCUGAAAACCUCCAGCUGGCUGUUCAGGGCAAAAGGAGCCUCCCAACAAUGCAACAGCAGCAGCCACAACCACCACCACAGCAGCAGCAGCAGGCUCCUAGUUCCAGCCCUUACAACAGGCCUCCAGGUAUGCCAAUGGCACCUAUGGGUGGUCCCCAGUCAAGUCCAUGCCCAACCCCAGCAAUGCAAGGACACAAUCAAAGCACAGGACCCAAGCCUUGGUCUGACGGUCAGGUCGGUGAAAAUCAAGCCAAUGCUCAGAAGCACCUCACCCCCGUCGCCAGCGGCCGCCCGUCCCCUGCACCGCCUCAGACGUCUGCAGUGCCAGCGGGGCCGAUACCCGGCAGUUCAGCAACCCCUCAGCCUCCUGGGCAGCAGGUGUCCCCCAUGCUCCAGAUGCAGCAGAAGCAGAACCGCAUCACGCCAGUCCAGAAGCCCCAGGGCCUGGACCCGGUGGGAAUCCUGCAGGAGAGAGAGUACAGACUGCAGGCUCGGAUUGCACAUCGAAUCCAGGAGCUGGAAAGUCUGCCAGGCUCACUGCCUCCUGACCUGAGGACUAAAGCCACAGUGGAGCUCAAAGCGCUGCGUCUGCUCAACUUCCAGCGGCAGCUGAGGCAGGACGUGGUGGCGUGCAUGAGGCGAGACACGACUCUGGAGACGGCGCUGAACUCGAAGGCGUACAGGCGCAGCAAGCGGCAGACGCUGAGGGAGGCCCGCAUGACGGAGAAGCUGGAGAAGCAGCAGAAGCUCGAGCAGGAAAAGAAACGCAGGCAGAAACAUCAGGAAUAUCUCAACAGCAUCCUUCAGCACGCCAAGGACUUCAAAGAGUACCACCGCUCAGUGUCCGGUAAAAUGCAGAAACUCACCAGAGCCAUCGCCACCUGGCACACCAACACCGAGCGGGAGCAGAAGAAGGAGACUGAGAGAAUUGAGAAGGAGAGGAUGAGGAGACUUAUGGCAGAAGAUGAGGAAGGCUACCGAAAACUCAUCGACCAGAAGAAAGACAAGCGUCUGGCCUACUUGCUGCAGCAGACGGAUGAAUACGUGGCCAACCUCACCACGCUGGUGUACGAACACAAAGCUGCUCAAGCUGCCAAGGAGAAGAAGAGGAGGAAGAAGAAAAAGAAGAAGGUGGAUGGAGAUGGCGAAGGCACCAGUGCCUUUGGGCCUGAUGGAGAGCCCAUAGAUGAGAGCAGCCAAAUGAGCGAGCUGCCGGUCAAAGUGAUCCAGACAGAGACGGGCAAAGUUUUGCAGGGAACGGACGCUCCCAAAUCCAGCCAGCUGGAGGCCUGGCUCGAGAUGAACCCCGGCUAUGAAGUCGCCCCCCGGUCUGACAGCGAGGAGAGCGGCUCAGAGUUUGAGGAGGAGGAGGAGGACGAGUUGGCGAAGACAGAAACGGAGGAGAAGAAGAUAAUCGAUCCCAAUGGAGAUGAAGUGACUGUCAAGGCUGCCAAGCACAUCAUCGAAUCGGCCAAGCAGGACGUGGACGACGAGUACAGCGUUGACGCUGGGCAGACCAGCUCCCAGUCGUACUAUGGUGUGGCCCACGCCGUCAUCGAGAAGGUGGAGAAGCAGUCAUCGCUGUUGAUCAACGGCAUGCUCAAGCAGUACCAGAUCCAGGGGCUCGAGUGGAUGGUGUCUCUGUACAACAACAAUCUAAACGGCAUCCUGGCUGAUGAAAUGGGCCUCGGCAAAACCAUCCAAACCAUCGCUCUUAUCACCUACCUGAUGGAGCACAAGAGGCUGAAUGGCCCCUAUCUCAUCAUCGUCCCUCUCUCGACUUUGUCUAACUGGACAUACGAACUUGACAAAUGGGCGCCUUCUGUGGUCAAGAUUGCCUACAAGGGCACCCCGGCUUUACGUCGUGGGCUUGUGCCUCAGCUCCGCAGCGGGAAGUUCAACGUCCUGCUGACCACCUACGAAUACAUCAUCAAGGACAAGCACAUUCUAGCCAAGAUUCGUUGGAAGUACAUGAUCGUGGACGAGGGUCACCGCAUGAAGAACCACCACUGUAAGCUGACCCAAGUGCUGAACACCCACUACGUGGCCCCCCGUCGCCUCCUCCUCACCGGCACGCCGCUGCAGAACAAGCUGCCCGAGUUGUGGGCGCUUCUCAACUUCCUGCUGCCCACCAUCUUCAAGAGCUGCAGCACCUUCGAGCAGUGGUUCAACGCUCCGUUCGCCAUGACAGGAGAGAGGGUUGACCUAAAUGAGGAGGAGACCAUCCUGAUUAUUCGGCGUUUGCACAAGGUGCUUCGCCCCUUCCUGCUGCGCAGACUGAAGAAAGAGGUGGAGUCUCAGCUGCCAGAGAAGGUGGAGUAUGUCAUAAAAUGUGACAUGUCUGCCAUACAGAAGGUUCUGUACCGCCACAUGCAGAAAGGCAUCCUCCUCACUGACGGCUCGGAGAAAGACAAGAAGGGCAAAGGAGGGGCGAAGACUCUGAUGAACACCAUCAUGCAGCUGAAGAAGAUCUGCAACCAUCCGUACAUGUUCCAGCACAUUGAGGAAUCUUUUGCAGAGCACUUGGGCUUUCCAAACGGCAUCAUCAGCGGGCCUGAUCUGUAUCGAGCAUCUGGGAAGUUUGAGCUCCUCGAUCGCAUCCUGCCGAAGCUCCAGGCCACCAGCCACAGAGUCCUGCUCUUCUGCCAGAUGACCACUCUCAUGACCAUCAUGGAGGAUUACUUCAGCUAUCGCAACUUUCUAUAUUUACGUCUUGACGGGACCACCAAGUCUGAGGACCGAGCGCUUCUGCUGAAGAAAUUCAACGAGGAAGGAUCUCAGUACUUCAUCUUCCUCCUCAGCACCAGAGCCGGUGGUCUCGGUCUCAACCUGCAGGCUGCCGACACUGUCGUCAUCUUUGACAGUGACUGGAACCCACACCAGGACCUUCAGGCUCAGGACCGAGCUCACCGCAUCGGCCAGCAGAACGAGGUUCGUGUGCUCCGCCUCUGCACCGUCAACAGCGUGGAGGAGAAAAUCUUAGCAGCUGCCAAAUACAAACUGAACGUGGACCAGAAGGUCAUCCAGGCCGGCAUGUUUGACCAGAAGUCCUCGAGCCACGAGCGCCGCGCCUUCCUCCAGGCCAUCUUAGAGCACGAGGAGCAGAAUGAGGAGGAAGACGAGGUACCGGAUGAUGAAACCCUGAACCAGAUGAUCGCCCGCAAUGAAGAUGAAUUUGAGCUCUUCAUGCGAAUGGACAUGGACCGGCGCCGGGAGGAUGCCAGGAACCCGAAGCGUAAGCCUCGUCUGAUGGAGGAGGACGAGCUGCCUUCUUGGAUCAUCAAAGAUGACGCUGAGGUGGAACGUCUCACCUACGAAGAGGAGGAGGAGAAGAUGUUUGGUCGAGGAUCACGCUGUCGCCGGGACGUGGACUACAGCGACACGCUGACUGAGAAACAGUGGCUGCGGGCCAUUGAGGACGGAAACCUGGAGGAGAUGGAGGAGGAGAUCCGGCUUAAGAAGCGCAAACGCAAAAGGCGUCAAGACAAGGAUUCGUCCAGCAGAGAGGAAGGCAGCUCGAAGGCCAAGAAGAGACGCGGACGACCGCCGGCGGAGAAGUUCUCCCCCAACCCGCCCAAACUCACCAAGCAGAUGAACACCAUCAUCGAUACUGUCAUCAACUACAGAGACGGGUCAGGAAGACAACUGAGCGAAGUCUUCGUCCAGCUUCCGUCCAGGAAGGAACUCCCAGAAUAUUAUGAGCUCAUCAGAAAACCUGUGGACUUCAAGAAGAUCAAGGAACGUGUGAGAAACCACAAAUACAGGAAUGUGGGAGACCUGGAGAAGGACGUGAUGCUGCUCUGUCAGAACGCACAGACCUUCAACUUGGAGGGAUCCCAGAUAUACGAGGACUCCAUCGUUCUUCAGUCUGUGUUCAAGAGCGCCAGACAGAAAAUCGCCAAGGAAGAAGAGAGUGAAGAUGACAGCGAUGACGACGAAGACGACGAUGAGUCAGAGGCCGAGUCCAAGUCGGUGCGCGUUAAGAUUAAGCUGAGCCGGGACGCACGAGGCCACGACAAAGGCAAGAAGAGGCAAAGCCGAGGGAAGGCCAAGCCGGUGGUCAGCGACGACGACAGCGACGACGACCAGGACGAUAAUGACCAGUCAGACAAGAGCAAAAGCGACGAUGAAUGAGGAAGGACAGGCGAGGACGAGAGGAUGCUGUUUAUAGCACUUAUAAACAAAAGGACAGUAUUUUCCAUUGCUGUUGUUCAGGUUCAUACUGUGUUUUUUUAAAUUUGAAUUCAUUUGUCUCUUGUCUGUAGUGCGUGUUGUAGCGUCUUCUCCCACCAGCUUUGAAAUGUAUUACUAAUAAUCAGUAACAUACAGCAAUACCAAUCAGCUUAUAUUCCUGUUUUUAAGACAGUUUUGUAGUAUAUUUUUUAACUUUGUGCUUCAACAAAGCACAUAAAAAAAUUCUGUAUGGAAAAAAAAAAAACAACAUUGGCCAUUCUAGAUGCGCUUUAUUUGUACUUGCUUGCUUGCACUUAAAAAAAACCUUAAUAUCCACAUUUUUGAAAUGUGAAAUACAAAAAAAACAAAAACAAAUGUAUAUCUAACCAAUGACAUCCGAGUUCAUCUGGAGUCAUUGGUGAUUUAAAAAAAAAAGUGGCAAUCAACUUUUUAAAUUUUUUGAUUAAUUAUUUCUAAAUGUGCAGUGCCAAACGUUCAAACGUAGAGAAAUUGACCGCUAGCUAAGCCCCGCCCACCUGUAGCGACUGACCAAUCACAGCUAGGCAACCGUAUCUAGGCUUAAUCCAGCAUUUACAAAACUAAAUAUGAAACAGCAGAAUGUGAUUAAAGAAUUUAGCACUUUGCAAACAUGUCCAGCUCGUUAGCUUACAAACAUCACUACGACUCGUAUUGAUAAUUUGUACCACAGCAAAACAAUUCAUUAAAUUACUGUCAAAAUCGCAGCAUGGACACGUCUAUUAUCCAGAUUAUAGCAGCUGUUUUUGUUUAGUUCUUUUCUGAUAGAAGCAACCAUUUUAAAUGAGACAGUGUAGUGCUACAGAGAUGUCUUGACCUAUAAUUUGCAUUUUCUGCAUGUGAGGAAACAUGCAGGUUUGGUUCAGUUUGCACCAAAAAUUACUUCUUUAAAAACGUUUCAGUGGAAAAGAAAUGCACAAUUUGUUUUUUCUCAGUAUUAAUAACCAACAACACAGUUGGAUAAAUAUUGCAAGUGUAAUAUGAAUCUCUAACUGCACUCUGAUUCUUUUUUUUGCACAUUAUUUGUUCCAAUUAAACAUUACUUCCAAGACCAACACACUCAUUGUUAACUAAAAUCAUUAACAACAAACAGAGACGUUAUAUGGGGGAGACAAACCACUUAAACAAUCCUGAAUAGAAACUGAUGGGAAAAUUCCAAAAUGCCAAAGAUGGUCCAUCCCUCCGACCAAAAAGCCAUCGUCUGCAUUGUAACAAAAAACUAAACAGGAAAGCAUAAUAAAACAAGAUGGCCGCUGACUGGCCAUACCAUCUUAGAUACUAAUACACAUAUUACUGUACUGUGUAGUCUGUCAGAAACAGAUUUAGUGCAGUAUGACCAAAACACCAUUAUGUCCGACUACACCCAGUCACAUUUUGCACUCUGCUUUUCUGGCCAUUCUGACCCACAAUCCUCUGAAACACAAACACAUUCAUCACAGUGUCUCCAACAACAAGCUCCAGCCACCAAGAGCACACAGACGGAUGACAGCUCAUUUCACAGAACACAACGCCGCAACAGAUACGAGAGCAAGACAAUCAAAGCUUCAGGCACAACACAGUGACGAAGUAGUGUGUCCUAACUGUGUACAUGCAGCGGCGACGGUACACUGCAGUGUUUGUGAGGGCCGCUGUCGCACAGACUGGAAGAGAUAAAGGUGUAAUAGCUGAAAUGCAGGGAGGGAGUAUAUGUGCUCGAGUGAAAGCUACAGUUAGCAUGUUGGGCUAAGGACGGUGUUCUGCAUAGCAAGAACAGAGGGGUCGUCUCCAUUUAAACUACAAUUGCAGUGGUGCACGUGCUCAGCAGUACAAAUAUAAGUAGAUGAGAUCAACUGCACAUGUAGGCGGACUAGAAAAGUAAUAUAAUAAGUACACGUCUAUGGUGUCCACGGCUGUCAGUCUGCACAGGAAUAGAUUCACAGUUAAACUGCCUUUAAGCUGGAAAAGUGUUUAUGGGGAUCAUGGACACAUUAAUAAAAGCCAGCUUUACCUGAUACAACAACCAAACUCACUCCUUUUUCCUAAUUCUGAAGAACUUUUCUUAAAAAGAAAACGCACACUGUUUGACGGCUUUGCUGAUGUUUGUAAUUUCAAAACAAGACUACCAGAGCUAAAACAAUGUGAGCGUACAAUAUUUCUGGCAAUACAGGUUUAACGUCAGUGUCCAUGUCAUCUACAUGGAUCACGACUGGUGAGACAUUCUUAGCAUCUAUGUCUUAGCAGGACAGAAACUUAAGAUUCUCUCAGAAGGUAUAGAGACGUAGCUCUGGAAGCUAGCAUUAGCUUCAUUACUAAGCUAGUUAAUAAAAACUGUGAUCAACAUUUGUCAUUUCAGCCAACAGAAGUGGCGACCACUGAGUUGAAACCUGCUGUUGUGUGUUUGUGCCUGAACAAAAACGAUCAGUCAUUUCAAAAUAAAACUGUAAAAGCAGCCGAGGGCGGGGUUCAGCCAGCGGUCGAUUGCACCUUUGUGAAAGCACAGACGAGUGUCGCUAAAAUAAAUAUGUCUAGAGCUGACAAAUUCAUUAGCGAUGCCGUAAAUGCUAAACGCUUUUUAAACUGCUUUUAUUAAUGAAUCUGUAACCAUCCAUUACGCAGGUGGCACAUCAUUUAGACAGGUCCACGUGUUUCAUGUAUUCUUUGUUCUAAUGCUUUCAACGAGUUGUGUAUCAGCCUUGUAGUGAUUUUCUCAUUUACGAAAACAAACGUUUCGGUUAUUUUGAUUGAGAAACUGGCCUUAAGAGCAAUAUCUCCUUUUCAGAGAGCAGAUUUACAGGGAAACAUCUUGUCGUGUGGAAUAAAAAUCCAGCCUCUAUCGUAGCAGUAAAUGUAGCGUCUGAACACACGUCGCUGUCGUGUUGAAAUAAAUCAGCUCGUUAAAGACUUGAGUCUUUGCUGGAUUUUUUUGCAGACUUUUAAAGAUGGCUGACAACAACAAAUGUUACACAAAAAAAUAAUUAAAAAACAGUGUUAAGAGAUUCAAAUUUUGAAUGACACUGAAUAUACCAGUAUAUUUUAAACAAUGUAUUGAUUUCUACAUUUGGAUUGAGGUGUUUGUGUUCCUUGUGAAUUCGUUUCAAGCCCUCAUUUUAUUGGUUUCUCUGUUGUUUGUAGCAUGAACUCUUUUGGAAAUAUACUGCAGAUAUAUCAUUUUUGUUUGUGUAAUACGUGCUUGCCGACUCUCCGUAAGUGUGACUUAAUCUUUGCUUUCUUUGCACAGUGUCUUCGUGGUUGUACGUCAUAGCCCAGGGCAAAUAAAUAUCACUGAUUUUCAGCACAAACAAA